AUGUUCAACUCUAUUAAUAAAACAGGACACAUAUUCCAGAGAAAUCUCGUCGCGAUAAGUAAUUUCGUACGGUAUUACGAGAUACCAGCGCAUGUUCAGGAUGUCAUCAAAGAUCCUGACCCUAGUUUCUAUCGGAUGGUAGAGUACUUCUACCACUUUGCCGUCAAGGUAGCAGAGCCGUCGCUAGAAGAAUACUUACGGAGACAUGCGCAUUUCUCAGACAAGAAGAGAAAGCAGAGAGUUGCUGGCAUUUUAAAGGUCAUGGGAUCUUGCAAUAGUUCCUUGCAGUUCGAGUUUCCAUUGUUGCGCAAAAAUGGUGAUUACGAGAUAGUACAUGGAUAUCGAUCACAGCACAGCGUACACCGGUUGCCUUGCAAAGGAGGUAUAAGAUAUUCUGAUGCAGUUGAUUUGGAGGAGGUCAAAGCUUUAGCGGCACUCAUGACGUAUAAGUGCGCCUGUAGCAACAUACCGUUCGGUGGAGCUAAAGGAGGCGUCGCAAUAAAUCCAAAAAAAUACACCGCAGCGGAGUUGCAGAGAAUCACCCGACGUUACACCUUGGAGCUUGCGAAAAAGAAUUAUAUAGGUGCGGGAAUAGACGUGCCGGCGCCCGAUGUCAAUACCUCCGGAAGAGAGAUGUGUUGGAUACAAGAUACUUACAUAAAAACAUUAGGGCACAGGGAUCUGAACGCAGCAGCUUGUGUGACAGGCAAACCAAUCAACGGCGGCGGAAUCCACGGACGAGUGGAGGCGACCGGCCGUGGGGUCUUUCUCACCACGACCAUUUUCCUCCAAGACGAACAUUACAUGAAUCUGAUUGGUCUCCAGCCUGGAUACAAAGGCAAAACUGCUAUAAUACAAGGGUACGGAAACGUGGGGAGCUAUACCGCAAUAUAUUUAGAAGAGCAAGGGGUAAAGGUUUUCGGUGUACUAGAGAGUGACUGCAACCUCAAAAACCCUGAUGGUAUCAACACCAAGGAACUCCAUAAAUAUAAAAUGGGAAACAAAGGCAGUGCAAAAGGCUUCAAGGGUGCAACUGAAUGUGGACCAGAGCUAUUGUAUGAGGAGUGCGACAUACUUGUGGCGGCUGCUAUGGAGAAAAUGAUAACCCAGGAGAACGCUGGCAAGCUUAACUGCAAGAUUAUAGCGGAAGGCGCAAACGGGCCAACUACACCAGCAGCGGAUGUCAUUUUAAGAGAAAAAAAAGUACUGGUCCUACCCGACCUCCUGGCUAACGCCGGAGGAGUCUGCGUCUCAUACUUUGAGUUCCUUAAGAAUUUGAACCACGUCAGUUUCGGAAAACUUAGCAUUAAGUUCUGGAGGGAUUCUAACACAGCUUUACUAGAUUCGGUGGAACAGUCAUUGAAGAAAGCGAACAUAGAUGCUAAAAUAACCCCAACGCCGUCUUUCCAAAGUUUCAUGUCCGGAGCUGAUGAGGAGCUUAUCGUUAACUCUGGAUUGGAAUUUUCCAUGGAAAAUGCUUGUCGAAACGUGAAACGCGCUGCCAUCCAGCAUAAACUGGGUCUCGACCUGAGAACGGCCGCCUAUGUCACCGCUAUAGAGAAAAUAUUCGUCACAUAUGACGAGCAUGGACUUGCUCUUUAA